AUGGCUUCCUUCUUUCCACCCCCCGGGGCCGGGGACCCAGUACUGCAGAUAUGCAACAGCGAUAACGACACCAGCCAUCAGGUUUACUGCAACAAGAUCCUGUCUUCAGAAGAGAGGUUACGAACCUCAUGGCAGUGGGGCACCUUGAUAGUGGGAAUCGUAGGGUUGGCUCUUCCCGUCCUACUAUCGGUCAUCCUAACAAUAUACCAUCGUCUGCGUCAGUCAAUAUCAGACAGUUACACCAAGAGAAAACGAAAAUCACCUUCCGGAAGGAAGACCCCUGGCUCACCGCCAACGCGGCCAGAGUUCAAGAUCCCGUCCUCAACCAAGACCUUCCAGUUCUUGGAUGGCGGUGUAUUAGACGAUGGUAGCGUCGCCACCCAGCAAUUGGUAGGGGGCACUGUUUACAUCAGUCCAUUACCGUCGUGCACGGACCCUACCCCUUUCCAACCCCUUGAAGCUACCCCAACCCAGGACAUUGUUCGGCUUGGGUUGGUUGACGCUAAGGACAUUUCCCCUGCCGAUCUUCCGGCGUGGGAGACGCACAUUUCCGACUUCAUCCUAAGUGAUGACGUUUCCGGGGUUGUCUUGAAGGUAGCGGACCUCGCCAAGGAGGAUGAGGAGACGGCGGCGAGUCUGUUUGCCCGGCUUCACCAGCGGGCGGUGCCGAUCGUCCUUAACCUCGGGCUUGAGGAGGAGACCGAGUUUGUUAAUAACAUUGACUUCUCAGGCCUGGUGGGUAUCAUCGUUGAGAAUGCCUGUAUCCUGCCCAAUGGCGAUAGGCGGGAUUACUUCCGCUCGGAGAAGUUGAGGGAGCUCAUGAACAAGUGUGCCAAGGAGAGGAUUGAGCGCCCACACUUCUUUGUGGCCUUUCACGAUCUCUGGGAACAGCAGCCUUCCGUGGCUGUUGCGUGCAGAGGUGAGAAGGUUGCGAGCCAUUUCGAGGCUGUUUAUCAGCAUGGCCCUAAGCAUGUGGCGAGUGGUCUGAAGAUGACCCAGCCUCCUGUGAGCGGCUUUGAGUAUCUGAGAAAGCCCGAGACUUCUGAUCUUCAAACUGCGUGGUUGCAGCAAAAGAAGAAGGUUUAUGUGGGCGACGACAAUGAGCUUAUUGACCAGACUUCGAGACUUGACGUUGAUAGAAUCGCGUCAAUCGUUCCUGACGUCAAGAAGCUGUUGCAGCCCGUUGAGCAAACCACAGAAAAGCAGGAGUGGUGGUCCGACGAACCAGAGCUCUCGUUCCCACCCCCUUAUCGCGAGGUGGCGCCUGCAAGGGACGAGUUCUGGGAGUGCGACCACAGAGGCGAGGCGCUCUCAGCCUUGGGAUGCAUUCCACUCACUGCGUCGGCAACCGACAUGCAGUUCGAGGCUAUCUUGGCGACGCAGACCCAUCUGCGCGAUCUGAACAUGCUGCAAAGGCUGCGUCCUGCCGAGGUCGAUAAGCUUGUCAUGGCUUAUCGCAACUUCCAGCAGGAGACCGCGCAUCCGCAUCUGUUCACUCCUCUUGUUGAGGGCCUCGUUGAGGGCAGGGUUUGCGUCUACAAGGGCCUCGAUACUGGCUUCAAGGUUCCCGAUGGUGAGGCUCACUUCUGGGGUAUUUCGGUCCCUCGCUCGGAGGAUGGCGAUGUCGAUAUCUUCAUUUCUCGCAGCAACCCCAGUGAUGUAGCAACCAUUCUCCAUGUCUGGCUGGCUCACAAUGGCGUUGCCCGCGUGGACAGGUACGAGGAGGAGCUGCGUCUGGAGAACAACAUGGGCUCCGAUCUGCCUCUCCCUACCAGCAUCCAGACUGCCAUCAACAUGUGCUCUCCUUCUGAGGUUCUCUUCUUCUUGCAGCAGCUGCAAGUCAGCCGCUUGACACAUCCCUUCCGCAUCGUCAUGGAGGCCUACUGCAGAGCUGUUCUCCUAGACGAGUCUUCUACCAUUGCCUGGAACGACGCUCACUGCCGCCUUUACCUUGAGGGCAAGGUCUCUAUGAGGGACCUGCUCGAGCGGAGACUGACUGAGUUCGCGCGCCAGGGUGCCACUCUCCUUCCUUCCGCUGAUGGCCUCGUGGCUGUUGCUGAAAGAAUUGAGCAGAGUGUCCGCCAAUCCCUCUACGCUGGCAAUGUUGAUGCGCUCAACGCGAUCAGGAACCCCCUUACCUAUGCUCUGGAUCCCAUGAACCAGUACCACGACAACAAGUUCGUUGAUGUCAACACCGAUUUGAUCGCUCUCAUGUUCUUCACCACUGUUCGCAAGCUUGCUCUGGAGGAUGUUUACCUCGAGGCCACGGACCACUGCCCCCUUUUCUCUCAGGCUGAUCAAGCAGCUGUUUUCGCUGAACUCUGGGUGCUCGGUUCCCAGUGCGAGGCCUUCUUUGGCAUGCAUCCUCGUGCCCUUGGCAAGAUCAUCUACGACCAGUACAGCGCCUACCUCCACAAGAACCCGCCUCCUACUCCUGCGGAUGAUGGCGACCGCAAUGGCCACAUGACUGUGUAUGCCAAGCCUAAGCCUUCCGAGAGAGAGCCCGGCAACGAGUACGAGGACCCAGCUCGCCGUGGAUUCCGGGACCGCAUGAAGCUGAGCUACUUCCGUGAGAAGCUCGCUGACUUUGGCGCCCUGUCUAUCUUCUGCAUGCCCGCUAUCCUGGAUAUUAUCCUGCUCACCUUUGUCGGUCGUGGUCUGUUCAUGACCGCCUACAUGGGUGAGGACAACCUCCUUGCUGCUUGCUACGGUCUUUUGAUCGCUCUGCUUAUCUCUGCUGGUGUCACCGGCUGGGUUGGCAGUAUUGGCAACUACUACCUCUGCAAUUUUGCGUACACCAACAUGGUCUUCUUCCAUGCUCAGCGCCUCUCCGGUGGCUUCGUGUUGACCUUGUUGGUUGGCCUGGUUGGCUUCAUCGUCUUCACCGUCAAGACUUCAGUCUACGCGGGUCUCGUCUUCUUCGGAUAUCUCGUGCUUCUCGCAACCUACCUCAACGUCCUUGGUAUCAUGGCUACCAUGCACCAGGAGGGAAGCCCCUUGACUUCGGGCCGCAGCGUUCUCUGGAGAACCCUUCCGGUGCUUCUAAUCUCGCCUGUCCUUUCAUCCUUCGUCCACGGCAAGGACAUCGCGAUUUACUUGUCUGUCGCAUACGGCUUCCUUCUGUUGCUCAUCUUCCAGUACCGCAAGUUGUGCCACGAGUGGAUGGGCUGGCUCACCAACAUUCCCAAGUUCACCGAGGCUGACAUCCACUCCUGGUAUGAGCACCGUGUGAGCCAGAACUCGGUCACGAGCCCUAGCGAGAAACCGAACGCGGACGAGAACAAGAAGCUUGCUCUUCAGGCUUUCCGCGAUGCUGUCAAGAAGCAGCAAGGCCGCGUUUUUGGAACUGCACCUGAUGCUUUGGUCCACAAGGUUGUUGAAGGUUUGCCCUACAUUAACUGGAUCCUUCGCAUGGACGGUCCUCCCGAGGAGGUUGUCGAUGUCUUCUCGCCUCCUUGGUUUGCCCAGCUCACCGAGGCCCAGAAGAAGCGUCUCCAGAUGUCCCAGGGUCUCAAGGAGCACAGCGUCUUCUUCCUCUUCCGCCAGGCUCGCUAUGAUAUCGGUCAGAACAUUGGCCUUUUCCUCGUCUGCUUGAUGGAUCGAUGGGUCAGCAUCAUCAUGUCUGGCAGCGGUAAUGGGAACGUGUUCUCCACCUUUACUUCGCGCUACGCCAUUUGCUUUGCCAUCCUUUACUUCUGUCUGUCGAUCAUGGUCCUCGACAUCACCCUCAAGAAGUACUGGCAGUUCAGCUACGAUCUUCCCAAGGGCAUCCUCUCCAGCGACGCCGAGCUGUUCGCCCUCAGGCAGAAGUGGCAACAGAGUCGCCGAAACAGGUACAUCGGCGCGAUCCUCACCCUCGCCACCAGGCUCUUGGCCACCUUUGGCUUGACCACCAUCCUGGUAUGGUUGUUCGUUGAAGAGUCCCAAAUCCUGGGGCUCUACUACCUGUACUGCCUCGGUUACACUGGAGUUAUGAUCUUCCAGUUCAACCGCUGCUUUACCACCAGCGUCCGCGCCCACGUUCUCUCCAUCCUCGUCUCAGCCGUCAUCGGCUUCACCGUUGGCUGCCUGCUCUACCUAAUGCCCGAGGGCAAGAUUGCCUCCGUUGACGUGAUCGGCCUCUGCGUCGCUUCCGUCUUCGCUGCCGUGUCUACCUCGUACUGGGCCAUCAGGAAGCCCAAGCAGAUGGAUCUCAAGGAGGACGGUGCCAAUGGCGACAAGCCCAACACCUGGAAGCAGCACAAGAUCGGCCACUCGGACAAUUCGUUCACUGGCAGAAAGCCCGUUCAGAUCAAGGACCUUCCUGGAGAUUUGCUUCUUGCCAAGCAGGAGACGCCUUUGGCUCGCUCGGUCUCCGAAACUCUUCGCGAUGGUCAGAGCAACUUCCCCGGGAACUCGGAGACGGUUUCCUGGAGGGAAGACGUCCUCAACACUGCCCUGGCCAUGUGGUUGGACGAGAAGAUUCGCGUCACUGUCUGCCCUCGCGGCACUUUCUUGGAUGCCGGACUUAGCGAAUGCGUCUCUUUCAGCGAGCUCAAGGACGAUGAGCUGCACAUCACGACUGGUUUCCUUCCCGAGGAGGAAGCCAACUUAUCCACCUGGCAGCCUCUUCUCGCUUGCAUGAUUGGCGAAGCUAUCCUCUACCACACUGCCCGCGGCAUCAUCGGUUUGGAUCCUGCGAAGGCCGUUCAGGCUGAACACAUCCUCUCCGGUGCUGACCGUUCCUUCACCGUCUCCAAGAGAAUCGCCUUCCAGCUUGCUACUGAGGACAGACAAGGUCUUUACAGGAUCCGCGAGCAGACCAACCAGGAGCUGAUGAAGCAUCUGUGCCUCGAGACCAGCAUCGACUCCGAGUGGGUUUCCCUUCCUCGUCCCGUCCAGGAGACCAUCCUCUCCCGUAUCCAGGGUAUGUCUGCCUCGCAGUCUCGCAGCUUCCCCACUUGGAUGGAGGAGAAGGGCGUCGAUCUCCGGUGCAGCAACUUCCACGUCAAGCUCUGCCUCGAACUCUACCUGAUGGCUGGCGAGCGUGUCAUGAUGUACAACUCUGCCUUCAACACCUCCACCGACACGCUCUGCUACUUGCCUGAACCUGACGCCGAGAGCCAAGAGACGUCACCUCUCAUGGACAAUGGAAAGAAGGGCAAGCAUCUGCACUGGACACACAAGAUUCUCUUCUACGUGCCCAUCAACUUCGUCAAGUGGGUUGCCAUCAUCUCGGGCGCCGGUUCCAACGUUGAGCGCGAGCUGUGGUACUCCCUCCGCAAGAUGCCUCGCAUUCGCAAGCUCCUCAUGUGGCUCAUCCUUGGUAUCUGGCAGUUGUGCGUCCAGAUCCGCGAUGCCUGGAUCUUUAUGAUUCUCAUCUUCCAUCACAAGGCUCUCGUGCAGAUCUGGCGCUUGGCUCGCAAGGGAACGCCCAGGACCCUGUACAAGAACCGCAUCGUCGUUGUCAUGCGUAGAAGGGCUCUUACUGGCUUCGCCAAGUUGAACGAGUACGGCAAGCUGAUGCUGAACAUCUAUGACGGCCAUCUCAAGGAGGCUCCGGAGGAGAAGACCCAGCCUGUUGCUACUGCUGUCUAUGAUCACACCUACCGUCUCAUUACCAAGUCCGUCAAGAAGGGCAAGGACGAGAUUCUCUCGUCGUUCACCUACGGUGAGGGCAACAAGUCUAGACGCCCGACUGAGAAGUACGUCGUCGAUGGCACCACGGUCAAACGCUGCCAUUACGAUGAUAGACGUCGCAUAUCUCACGGUAUCAUCAAGUUCGGCGACGUCGAGUACUCCUUCCGCUACUUCUACAAGUCUAGUCCUAAGGGCUCUCAGGAUGUGCUCAAGGCUGAGUACGAGCUGAAGGCCGACCAUCCCUUCGUCUUGACUGUCUACUGGGGUACUCCUCCCAAGGACAAGGUCGAGGAGUGCAACUGGACUCCUUCCAAUCGCGUCGGCCAGGUCGACCGCAGCACCUACGGCAGAACCUUCACCACCGUCAUCACCUACCCCCAUCGCCGCGACCCCGUUGAGACCACUUACAUGGAGGAGAACGGCAGACAGAUCACCGUCGACCGCCCGCCCCGCAUCUUUGAACACGAGGACGUUCUUCUGCAGAGGCCUACUGAUGUCUCCUUCGAGGAUGACGAUCUCUUCAUCUACCACCGCCGGUCUUCCGUUGAGCGCAUGGCCAAGAACCUCAAGCAGACUCACUCAUUCGCCUCUCGCCUCAACCCCAUGUCCUGGUUUUCUAUGCGCAAGAAGUCCAUCUAUCGCCCUGUUCCCACCUGGUGGUUGCGUACUGAGCUCUGGGACAUCUGGCGCAAGUCCGGCACUCUCGACGCUGUUACUUCCUGCUGGAUGGACGAGCUCAUUCUCCGCGAGGAGCCUCUUCUCCGCCGGUACUGGUCUGCUAGAAACAGCGGUCAGCUCUCUCAGGCCCGCAUGAUCCUCGACGCCGAUAUUGACCAGAUUUCCGCUGCCAUCGAGAUCGAGAAGCACGUUGGUGAGCUCUGCAUGUUGCCGAUCAAGACUGCCGACUUGUACGCCAUGGGUCUCGGCAAGGAUGCCAACCAGAUCACCACCAGGCCCCAGGACUGCUUCAGCGACUCGGAGAACCGUAUUUCGGUCAUCUUCAACGACAUUGGAUGCUGGCCUGAGUCUCCCGGUGGUGUUUCUAACUGCCGUCGUGAUCUUGUCAACGGUCAUACUACCAUUCGCAACCACGUCUUGGCUGAGUCUGCCAACGAGUACGGUAUUCCUCGCUUCCAGGUUGAACGCAAUGUUCAGUCGCUCAAGGUCGUUCCUCUCUGGGGUCUCGAUGGCCGUGUUCCCAACCAUGGUCUCAUCGAGAACCUCCUCGAGAUGCAGGUCGAAGAUAAGAUUGUCCGCACUGACAUUGAUCGUGACGUCGUCGACACCUUUAUCCCGCUGCUCCGUCUCUUCGUCAAGGGUGCUCGCUCGCGCCACAUCUCGAAGGCUGAUAUGUACCGCUACAGCAACGCCAUCCUCGACAUGUUUCAGUACUUCGAGCACAAGGACUACAACAAGACCUGGAACUCCAAGGAGGUCGCUGCCGCUUGGGCUGAGGCCUGGCUCAUCAAGUACGACGAUCCGGAUAUCGCUGAUCCCGAGGAGAACCUCGCUAUUCAGCAGCCUACCAUGUCGGACUUCCGCGAUUCGCUUGCCAUCUUCUCGUCGUACUUCUUCAUCUACGCUGUCCAGACCCCAGAGGACUGCCCCAGGGUCUUCCAGAGCACGCACCACGGUAUCAGCUCCAUGUUCGGUGUUUUCCUCAAGUACCAACGCGGUGCCACCUUCGGUAUCUGGGAUCACGCCAUUCUCUGGCGUGAGUGCUGCCUCAACCUCAGCCCUGCUCAGUCGACCCUGCCCAUUCCCGUCCAGUCCAUGGUUCUCGCUGGUAUCGGUCUGGCCAUGAAGCUGGCGUACUUCCACGCCGAUGUCAUCCUGCCUUGCACGUCCUUCUUCAACCCCAUCUGGGAGACCUCGCUCGGCACGGACACCAACCGCAUCGGCCACGAAAAGAAGUUCGCUCGCAAGAUAGAUCCCAUCGUCAACGGCGUCAGCAACAUGGAUGCGUUCAAGCCUGUUGAUGAAGUCCGCACCACUACGCCCACCGUCGUCAUGUUGUCCAACGUGCAGUUCAUCAAGGACAUCCGCACUGCCAUCCGCGCAGCCGAUGUUAUCGUCAACCAGUACGGCUUCAAGGAGUACCGCCUCUUCAUCUACGGCGCCAAGGACCGCGAGCCCGAGUACGCCAUUAACAUGACCAAGCUGAUCGAAGGCUGCAAGCUCACCGAGCACGUCAUUCUCAAGGGCUUCGGCAAGCCCCAGGAGAUUCUCAAGGACGCCUGGCUCUUCAUGAACUCUUCUCUCUCCGAAGGUCUCCCGCUCGCCGUCGGUGAAGCCGCUCUAGCCGGUGUCCCCGUCGUCGCCACCGCCGUCGGCGCCACCGCUCUCGUCCUCACCGACCCUGACAACCCGUCCGUCGCCUACGGCGAAGUCGUCCCGCCCAAUGACCCCGUCGGUCUCGCGCGCGCCCAGAUCUCCAUGCUCGCCAUGGCCGGUCCCUGGGCCAAGUUCGCCGGCGACGUCGACAAGCGUGGCUCUGUCCUCCCCUCUCUCAUGCUCCCCGACACUCUCACACCUACCGACGUCGCCUUUCUCACUAAGCGCAUGCACGAGAAGACGGACGCCCGUCGCAAGCUCGGCAUGCUCACACGCGAAGUCGUCCUCAAGGGCUUCCAUGGUGAAAGAUACCUGCGCGAGCACGAGCAGAUGUACUGGGUGCAAUGGCACAUGGCCAAGAUGCGUCGGGACCCCGGUCUGAUGCGUCGUCGCGCUUUAGUGCGCAGAAGCGAGGUUAGGUCUAUGAGGAACUCGGUCCAGGGCACGCAGACGGGCGAGUACGAUGGCGAGAGCACGGUCAUCUACGGCGGUAGCGAGGCGUGGGAUGAGUAUCGCGUGGAGAACUCGACAAGUCGGAAUAGCAGUCAUCAGGGGCAGUCGAGGCCGAGCAGGAGGUUGAGCAAGAACCGGCCGCAGCAUGCGAGGGAGUUGUCGCGGUUGACGGUUACUACAAUGGGUGGUGGUAGUGGGAGUGCCACUGCGGGGCCGAGUGGGUUGAGCUCGGGGAGAGUCAGUAUGGUUAGUCAGAGGGAUAUUGUUUAG